GCGGUGGGGUAGGGAGGCCUGGGCGGGGCCGCGCGAGCCUCCUGGGCCUUGUAGUUCCUGAGGCCGGGAGGGGCCGGGAGCGGAGGCAGCUCAUCUCUUGGCCUCGCUGCGCUUGGGGCGGGCCCGGCGGAGGCGGCCCGACGCUCCCCGUGGGCAGACGCGGAGGCGGCGGUGGUCGGCAGCCCGGAGCAGAGGCUAGGCUGGGGUGGAGGAGGCCGGCGGGGCAGCGAGAGCGACAGCAGCAUCGGCAGCGACAGCAUGGUGUGAGGCCCCCGGCCCCCACCCAGCGAGGCCAGCAGGGAGCCGGUAGGCCGGCAUGGGCGACCGCCGCCACUGCUGCAGCUGAGGGCCGCUGGGCGGGCAGGCAGGGGCAGGGACAGGGGCAGGCGCCCAGCAGCACAGAGCAGCCAGGCCCCCUCGUGCGCCCCCGCGGCCGGGCCAUGGCCGGGGCCAUGGAGGAGGACGAGUACACCAAGCUGGUGAUGGAGUCGCAGCCCGAGUGGCUGCGGGCCGAGGUCAAGCGGCUCUUCCAGGAGCUGGGCGAGACCACCCGCGAGAAGAUCCAGGCGGCCGAAUACGGGCUUGUGGUGCUUGAGGAGAAGCAGCAGCUGAAGCUGCAGUACGAGGAGCUCGAGCUGGAGUACGAGACCAUCCGCGGAGAGAUGGAACAGCUCAAGGAGGCCUUCGGACAAGCUCACACCAACCACAAGAAGGUGGCAGCGGACGGCGAGAGCCGCGAGGAGACCCUCAUCCAGGAGUCAGCCACCAAGGAGGAGUACUACGUGCGCAAAGUCCUCGAGCUGCAGACGGAGCUGAAACAGUUGCGCAACGUCCUCACCAACACGCAGUCAGAGAACGAGCGCCUCAACUCUGUGGCUCAGGAGCUCAGGGAGACCAACCAGAACGUGGAGAUCCAGAGGGCACGACUGCGAGAUGACAUCAAGGAGUACAAGUUCCGAGAAGCCCGUCUGCUGCAGGACUACACCGAGCUCGAGGAGGAGAACAUCAGCCUCCAGAAGCAAGUGUCCGUCCUGAAACAAAACCAAGUGGAAUUUGAAGGCCUCAAACAUGAAAUCAAAAGGCUCGAAGAGGAGACGGAGUAUCUGAACAGCCAGCUGGAGGAUGCCAUCCGCCUCAAGGAGAUUUCGGAGCGCCAGCUGGAGGAGGCGCUGGAGACCCUGAAGACGGAGCGCGAGCAGAAGAACAACCUCCGCAAGGAGCUGUCCCACUACAUGAACAUCAACGACUCCAUGUACACCAGCCACCUCAACUUCUCCCUGGAUGGCCUCAAGUUCAGCGACGAGGCGGCCGAGCCCAACAACGACGACGUCCUGGUCAACGGCUUCGAGCAGAACGGCCUCAACAAGAUGGCGGCCUGCGACAGCAACAAGACGUCCACACCCAAGAAAGACGACGGCUUCCCCCCGGCCCCCAGCCUGGUGUCGGACCUGCUGAGCGAGCUCAACAUCUCAGAAAUCCAGAAGCUAAAGCAGCAGCUGAUGCAGAUGGAGCGAGAAAAGGUGGGCCUCCUUUCCACUCUGCAGGAGUCCCAAAAGCAGCUGGAGUCCACCAGGGGGGCCCUCUCUGAGCAGCGAGAGAAGGUCAGCCGUCUCACCGAGAACCUGACGGCCAUGAAGAAGCUCCAGGUGAGCAAGGAGCGCCAGUCCGCGCUGGAUAACGAGAAGGAGCGGGACAGCCACGAGGACGGGGACUACUACGAAGUGGACAUCAACGGCCCCGAGAUCCUGGAGUGCAAGUACAAGGUAGCCGUGGCGGAGAUGGGCGACCUGAAGGAGGAGCUGAAAAGCCUGAAAGCCAAGUACGAGGAAUGCGAGUCCCGGUACGAGGAGGAGAAGGGCCGCUACGAGACCGAAGGCCAGGCCUUGGCCGAGAAGAUCGUGCUGCUGGAGAAAUCCAGCCGGCUGGACCGGGAGCGCCUGGCCAGGCUGGAGAAGGAGCUGAAGAAGAUGAGCGACGUGGCUGGGGAGACUCAGGGCAGCCUGAGUGUGGCCCAGGAUGAGCUGGUGACCUUCAGCGAGGAGCUGGCCAACCUGUACCAUCACGUCUGCAUGUGCAACAACGAGACCCCCAACAGAGUCAUGCUGGAUUACUACAAGGAGGGCAAGGGGGGUGGGCGCAUCAGCCCCGAAGGCAAAGGGAGGCGCUCGCCCAUCCUCCUCUCUAAGGGGCUCUUGGCCAUCGACCUGGGCAAGACUGAGAAUGGAAGCGGGGACAGCUCCCCCUCUCCCGGCUCAUCCCUGCCAUCCCCUGUGCUGGACCUCCGCAAGGAGCCCAUGAACAUUUAUAACCUGAUCGCCAUCAUCCGGGACCAGAUUAAACAUCUCCAGGCUGCCGUGGACCGCACGACAGAGCUCUCUCGCCAGCGUGUGGCCACCCAGGAGCUGGGACCUGUAGUGGACAAGGACAAGGAGGCCCUGAUGGAGGAGAUCCUGAAGCUGAAAUCUUUGCUGAGCACCAAGCGUGAGCAGAUCGCCACCCUCAGGACUGUGCUGAAGGCCAACAAGCAGACAGCUGAGGUAGCCCUGGCCAACCUGAAGAGCAAAUACGAGAACGAGAAGGCCAUGGUGACGGAGACCAUGAUGAAACUCCGAAAUGAGCUGAAGGCCCUCAAGGAAGAUGCAGCCACCUUCUCCUCCCUGAGGGCCAUGUUCGCCACCAGGUGUGACGAGUAUGUCACUCAGCUGGACGAGAUGCAGCGUCAGCUGGCGGCGGCCGAGGACGAGAAGAAAACCCUGAACUCCCUGCUGCGCAUGGCCAUCCAGCAGAAGCUGGCCCUGACCCAGCGGCUGGAGCACCUGGAGCUGGACCACGAGCAGGCCAAGAGGGGCCGCACCAAGUCGGCCUCCAAAGGCAAGAGCGGCGCCCCGAGCGUAAGUCACCUGCGCUCCUGCGCGGACAGGCCCGAGGCGGCCAUGCUCGGCAGCCAGGUGUUCUGCAGCGAGAAGUAUAAGAUUUAUUGUGACUAGGGGGCUGGCGGGGAGCCGCCGCAUGGCGUGCCGUGCGCAUCUAACCCCCGUCCUUGUCUGCUUGCGCCCACUAACGUCUCCGCCGCGGCGGCUUCGCGCACUGCCCUCCUGCCACGGACGCAGCCGGGGAAGGGGGUCCUUGUUUUCUUUUCUAUAAAAGGGAGCGUGUCCUCGAGCCCGGGCUCCGUCGGGCGGCACCCGCUCUAGUCUGUAGUGCCCUUCCCGGCUCUGCCCGGCAGGCAGGCGGGUGCCGAGGCGGUCCCCGAAUCAGUGGUGGCGGGCAGCGUGGAGACGUGGGCGUCGGGCUCCCAGGAAUAAAGGGCUUCGAGGGAACGAUGGCUAACUCGGCUUCGGGGGGGUCAUUCUCCCACACUUGCACAUUUCACAUGCUCUCCUCUCAAAGUGAUGUAAUUGGACACCCCCUGCCCGGGGCGACGGGAGGCGGGAGCCUGUGUGUGGCACAUGGGGUUGGGCAUCCACAGGCGUCCCUGCCAGUGUGGCGAGCCGGUUCCCUGGGUGACCCUCCGUGCCCGCUCUAGCCAGGGAGAAGAAACUCACAGAAGAAACACACACGCUGUAAAGUGCACAACAUACACACAUACACGCACACACACGCACACACACACACAUGUGCACACACGUGCACACAGACAUUGAUUACCCAAGCAGAGUCCGUUCUGGGCACAGGCAAUGAAAUCAGUUGAUCUUGUGAAGGCGCUCCUUACCGGGCUGGGAGCCCAUCAGUAAACUUAGACGCUUCCGAGUUCCAUUUCCCAAGAAGCAACACAAACUCCAAAAGGACUGACUUCCAGGACAGGUGCCUGAAGGGAUGCGGCAAAGGCUUGGGGAGAGCAGACAGGACAGAUGAGGCCGGGUUUGGCUUUCUUUUUAAAAAGUGCCUGAUGCCCUCACCUCCCUCUUCCGGGGAAGCCCUGCGCUCUCUGCCUCUCUCGCUCUCUUUUCGGGACGUCUGGAGCAUCCUAACAAAUGGGAACAGCCCACGCCAUUGCCAGGGCUGCCAUUAGGAUGGGAGGUGGGCUGGGCUGUCUUUUUUUUUCUUUUUUCAGACUAAAUUCUCCUUGGAAAAUAGAUGGGGGUGGGGGGGUGAAAGCUCAGUUAGAGUCUUCUUCACUCAUUUUCAUGGACUUGAGCUUUUGUUUUGCCUCUAAGCAGCUCCGGUUCUUUUGGAAACACGCAUCCCGAUCCUGCUGCUGUACUGUCUCCCUGUACCCUCCUCCUCCUCGCAACCAGCUGCUUCUCCCAAGGGAUUGUUUCCCUUUGGAGCUAGAAGCUGCUUACACUUUUACACACGCACGUACACACACACACACACACACACACAGCCCUGUCGGGCAUCCGUCUCUACAAAGCCCAAGGAGAGAUUUCAGGAGACGUGCACUGCCAGGGAGGCUUUCGGGGUCCUUGAGAUUUUUAGAAAAAGGGAUCAGUGUUAUCAAGGGACCCGUCAGUGGUGGUCGUUGUGCGCCCCCAUCAUUUCUCAAGGCAGAAGUCAAAUGUUUUCGAUUUGGUCCAAACCUGAGAUGCUAAAGGGGCCCAGCUGUGACAAAGUCAGUUGUGCUGGCAGCCGUGAGACCGCAGGGCUUGUCCGCUCUUUGCUCUUUGCUCCUGGGCUCGGUCUGUGUCCAAUCUCAGCCUCUUCUCACCCGGCUCUUUGGGGACUUUUAACCUGGGAAGUUUCUCCAGCCAUCACCUACCUCCGCGAGCAGGCUCCUGUCGGUUGGAUUUCGGCGUUGGCCCGCAUGACCCACGCUUCCCUGCAUGUUUUUCCAGAGACUGUUUAGCUUCACUGACAAACACUUCUGAUGCUUCUUCCCAGCUGGCUGCUUCUCCUCCAGCCUCGCCAUUCAGCACUUGUAAGAACUCUUUCUUCAGCAAUGGCAAGCCCCGGCACAUCCCCCCUGGCGCUGUCGGUUUCCAGCGCUCGGCAGCCCCGAUCCCUUGUCUCAGGGGCUGCCCUCUCACCACCACACUAACCCACUCGUUAGCUGUCGCAGCACUGUCAGUAUUAAGACAUCGAGCCUCUUAGCAGGAUGAGUAACUUGUUUUUUCUAACGCGAUUUCAUUUUUCCCCCAUUUUCAGCUGUAGAGUAGUACGUGGAGACGGAAUUGGCCUACAGUGCCCUCGGUCAAAUUGCAGCUUUCUUACAGCGCUCCUGCCGCUGGCUAACCCAGCCCAGGGAGCUCUGCUUGCCCAAAGGAACGGACACAAUCCCAAAUUGCCACUCUCUUUUUUUCUUUUUCUCAUGAAUAUACUGCCUGUACUCAGUUUCAAACUUUUGCAUAUCCUGGUCUCUAAAGAGAAAACCUGCUCGCUUGGUGUACCGAGAUGUCUGCAGGAAGACCUUUUAGCGAGUGCUGAAGACGCCACCUUCCAACCAGCCACGAGGCUGCUCCGGAGAUGUUCAGACUGGGGCGGGGGCCGCUGAGGAAGCCACCUUCCUUGUCGGAGAAAUUCCUUUCUUCUCAGAUCGUUAAACCUGUGCACUUUGGAUAUUUUGAUAUUGUAUUCGCUUCCUUAAUUCCUUCUGUAGGGGUCUGUGUGCUGCGCAUAGUAGGUCUCCAUCAGGCUUUGCUCGUACAUGGUGAUUUCUCCGGAGGCACAUUGCAGACGUCGGUGAGCUUUUUGGGGGGUGUUUCUGCGCUAGACUGUGUUUAGCUGGGUGGCUCGGCUAAACCCUUUUUAAAUUCGGAAAUGUUUAUGGUUUCUGUUUUAAAUGACUGAUUUUUAACUGCCAUGUUCAUUCAGAAAUCCAGGGUAUUCCAAUUCUGGGGUUUUUUCAUAUCGUAUUAUUAUUCUUAGGAAUAGUUCAAUGUAACAAGGAGAAAACUUGACUUUGCUCUGGUUCAUUCAAACAGUAAUAGGCACUUGAAAAAGACAAACGCAAGCGACUCGAGCAGUAAGUAGUGUUACCCGCAAGGUCCAGACACUCUGGAUUGGAGGAGGUCGUGAAGCAUGACUGAUUAACAGAAUUUUCUACAACUGUACCAGUGAAAUUCCAAAUUGGAAUUGUUUCGUUACCUCUUUUGUUUGUUGUGCCAAAUUGUGGUACAUUUAGAAAGAAACAUUCUAAAGUUGUCAAUUCUAGGGUGUUCAAUUUCAACGCCUUUUUGUUAAUCAUUGUUGCCAGUAGUGCCUUUGCUAAUUUGAGGGAGAAUCCUGAGAUAUCGUUUAGUCUGGGGGCAAGGGGGGGGGGGGGGGGGUCCGGGACGAGCUGGUGGGGAAUUAGUACAGUUGUGCGGCAAUAACCUCAGCUCGUUGGUUUGUGGCGAUGGGUCUUCACGGCCCACGAGAGAGGAGAAAUUGUACCAAAUUCUGUUAGUCGGUGAUACUUCACCAUGAGGCUCCUGGCAAAUUCCGGGGUCGAGAAAGAAAAAGCAAACACAAAACAUUGAAUACACUUUGGGAGCCAAAUGGACUUUUUGGAACAGAGAAGCAGGCUGGACGAGGAAGCACACUCCCGGCGGCGUGUCCGCUCGCUCUCGACGUUAGCGGUGGACGUGGUUUUUAGCCAUUAGUAUUCUUUGCGAUUGUGAAGGCGAGAUAUUAAUAUCUUCUCUUGCAUGUGGUAUCUAAUCAUUGUAAUUUCAGGAAACAGAAACGAAAAAAAGAACACCCAACAAGUGCCGGGGGCCCAGGGGCCUCAGGGCAUUUGUUGAGGCUAGUGUGAGGAAUGAUUAAAUUGGUACUUCUGGAGGAAAAAGAACCCUUUUUUCCCCUCAAAAAAGUACAAAUUAUAAUAAUAAAUAAUAAUAAUAUAAAUGGCAGGAACAAAUGAGUUCUGUUUGCUGGAAUAAACAUUCUUAUUCCUAGAUGUGGGGGCUUCUCUAUUUUCACCUUCUGUUACAGUAUUGAUUUAUAUGAAAUAUUGUUGCAUUUAAAAUAACUUCAUCUGUCUAUAUGUGGGUAUUUAUUUGAAAUGAUGUCUACGUACUGUAUUCUGUUCUCUGUGCAUUACCCUUAGCGGCGGAUUAUUGGUCCUUAUUUUAAAGUCAUAUGCAUGUAUUCCUGCCAAGGAACCUUUACACAGACCCCAGGGGGCAAAAACGGCCUCAUUCUUUUGGGGGAGGGAGGGAGGGAAAGAAUGAGGACGAGAGCUCAGAACAAGAGUAUAAUUUUCAUGAUUGGGAAACUCUCUGUUGUCUAGGGGGUGCAAAAGUAUGACUUUUAAAUUAAUCCAAAUGCAAUAUUUAUAGGAAACAGCCGGCCUGUGUAAAGAGUCACAUUGGCAGUUAUCAAUAAUAAAAAAAUUUUUAAUGAUUAAAAUGUG